GGUUUGACGGGGACAUCAGAGCAAAGGCCCAGUGAUCCAGGGAGGUAGGGGGCAGAGAGGAAUAGAGAAACAGAGACAAGAUCAGACACGGGGGAGACCCAGGAGACACGCCAGGAAAGAGAGAAGAGGUGGCAGAGAGAGACAGAGAAACGUCAGAGACGGCCACCAAGGGGAUGGGCAGGCAGGUGGCAGGGCCCCCAGGAGAGGGCCAGAGAGAGAACAAGAGAGACAUACAGUGACGUUGAGGCCUCCAGGGCCAAGCCUGAGGCUUUGCCCAACCCCAGACUCACCUCUGGGAAAUGGAGCUCCGUGCCCGAGAAGAGGGGGUGUGGGGGCAAGGAAGGCCCUGGGAGAGGCCUGGGCAGGGGGCAGGAAAGGGGGACCAAAGACACCCAGGCCAGUCAGCAGGAACGGGGCGGGGAGGAACCAGGUCUGAGCAGUGUCGGACAGACACGGGCCCUCUGGGUGCACGUUGUGGGGGGCUGAGUGGGGAGCCCCAAAGAACAAGUAGGAAGGGAGCAGGUCCCUGGGUGGCCCAAGGAAUUCUUAACCCCUCUGUGCCCCCUCAGGACCGGGAGCUGCGGCCAGAGGAGAUUGAAGAGCUGCAGGCCGCCUUCCAGGAGUUUGACCGAGACCAGGAUGGCUACAUCGGCUACCGGGAGCUGGGUGCCUGCAUGCGGACACUGGGCUACAUGCCCACCGAGAUGGAGCUCAUCGAGAUUUCACAGCAAAUCAGUAUGCGAGGUGGUGGGAAGGUGGACUUUGAAGACUUUGUGGAGCUGAUGGGCCCCAAGCUGCUGGCAGAGACGGCAGACAUGAUCGGCGUCCGGGAGCUGCGAGAUGCCUUCCGGGAGUUCGACACCAACGGAGACGGCUGCAUCAGCUUGGCUGAGCUCCGGGCGGCCCUCAAGGCCCUGCUAGGGGAGCGCCUCAGCCAGCGGGAGGUGGACGAGAUCCUCCAAGACAUUGACCUCAACGGCGACGGCCUGAUCGACUUUGAAGAGUUUGUGCGAAUGAUGUCUCGCUGAGCCUGCACAGAAGCUGGAGGCAGCAGACAGGACUUAGGAUCACAGCCACUGCCUGCCAGUGUGUCCCUGGAAGCCCAUUGCCUCUGGCUGGGA